AUCUUGAAUUAUUAAAAUUCCAAGUAUAGCUCUCCUGUAAAAAAUGUAUCAUAUACAUUACUAAUGUUACGCGUAUCUAUGAACUUUGACAAUCUUGACAACCUGAGAGCAGAGAAAGCAUCGAGCGUUGCGAGAGCAAUUCUAAGAUCAUCUUAAGCUGAGAAGAUCUAGGAGAGGCAUCGCGUAUUUACGGAGCAACCAAAAUUUCGAAUUCGUGCAUCUUCGUGGUGCGCCAUCUGCAACAGCAAAGACGAGGAAUCUGGCGCCAAUUAUGAUGCGGCUGGCGAUGUCCCUAAACGGGGGAAUGUGACGUCACAUGGAAGCCGGCGUGUCGCGUUCAGUUUGCAUUCGUGCGCGCGUUCUGUUGGCAGCCGGUGCGGCUUUUCUCUGGAAUUUUCCAUUGUGAGUACUGUUCGUUGUUUUGAAAAUUUCUGAAGCACAGUCCUAUCAGUUCCACGGAAUAGAACCGAUAAAUCACGUCACACGUUAUUGGCCAACCUCGAGAAAGCUACUUGAAAUGCAGAGCAGCGGCUGAGCUGAUUCGCGUGCCGGAAGGCUUAUCAACGGCGGGCUUAUCGGCGACUAAUAAUUCGGGUACAUGCUUGUCAGAUAAUCGCGAAGACGCGACCAGAAGCGAGGAUGUCACCGGAUGAGGAAAAGACACCGCCGAUGAUGGAUAUCUGCAGUCCGACGCUCGAGAAGAGACAGACCACGAGCUCGAACAACAUCCAGAAGGAUGACGAGGUCCUCAAGGACGAUGAGUCAACGGCCAAGGUCGCGUACGUACCGAAGAUCAAGUGGCUGGAUCUUGGCGCGCAAAUCUUUAUACACGGCGGUUUUCUCUACGGGCUGUACCUGGUGUUCGCGCAAGCGAAAUUGCUUACGUCGAUAUGGGCGUUCGUAACUAUUUAUACGUCCGGCUUUGGAAUUACGGCUGGCGUUCACAGAUUAUGGUCGCACAAGGCUUACAAGGCAAAGUGGCCCCUGCGUCUACUUCUAGUCUUCCUCUUUACGAUAACAGGACAAAAAGAUGUGUACACUUGGGCGUUGGACCACAGGGUGCAUCACAAAUAUAGUGAAACCGACGGGGAUCCGCAUGACGUAAGGAGAGGUUUCUUCUUCGCUCAUGUGGGGUGGCUUUUUACGACACCCCAUCCCGACGUCGUCGCCAAGCGCAAGGCAAUCGACAUGAGCGACUUAGAAGCGGAUUCUAUAGUUAUGUGGCAGAAAAGAUUAUACAUACCUCUAUUUGCGCUCCUGACUAUCGGAUUACCGGUAUUUAUUCCUUGUUACUUCUGGUCAGAAUCGCUAUGGAUCUCAUUCUGGGUGAACUUCAACUUCCGGUUCUGCAUAAAUCUGAAUAUAGCCUUUUGCGUCAACAGCGUGGCGCACAUGUGGGGACAGAAACCCUAUGACAAGAACAUUUCGCCGGUCGAGAACUUCGCGGUAUCGAUCGCGUCGCUCGGCGAGGGAUAUCACAAUUAUCAUCACGUGUUUCCAUGGGACUAUAAGACUAGUGAAUUGGGUGAUUACCCGUUCAACCUCACUACCGGUUUUAUUGACGCGUUUGCACGCAUCGGCUGGGCCUACGAUCGGAAGUACGUCUUGCCGGAGAUGAUUUAUCGCAGAGCGCAUCGAUGCGGCGAUGGUAGUCACGUCUGGGGUUACGGUGACAUCGACAUCUCGAAGGACGAUCAGGCAGAAUUAGACAUGAUGAAUAAUCACGAAUUGUGAGACUGAGAAGAGAUGAAAGCGCAUCACGAUCCUUUCGGACGGACCGGAAAUAUUUGGAGAAGCAAAGUUUCUCUAAUUCAUAUGCGGACCAUCUCAAAUCUCUCUUAAGAAAUAAGAACUGAAGUAAAACUGAUAUGCAGAUUUGUGACUCUCUGUGAUUUUGAGUUCCACGCCCAGAGUACUAUAUUGCCGAAAAAUAUUUAUAUUUUAAUAAUUAUGAUUAUUUAAUAAAAAGUUUUACGCAAAAUAAAAGCGCAAUAAAACAGUUGACUCUCGAUUAUAAUUCGCGAACAGAAAAUUAUUCUUUGAACUACGAAGACCAUAAAUAAGAUCGAAGAUAUGUUAUAAAAUUUAUUGUAAAAAAUUCUUAAUAAAAUUUAUAGAAAAAAAAUGAAAUUUGAUAUAUUCCUAGUUAUUUAGGAAAUUUAUCUAUAAAGUUACUAUUUAAAGAAGAUAAUAAAUUUUAAGACAAAGUAUUAAAACUACGCGAUUGACAAAUUACAAAUUCGUAUAAUCGAGAGUUCAUUGUUUGCGAUAUAAGAAGCCACUGUUUAUACAUUAUAUUAUAUAAUAUAUAUAUAUAUAUAUA